ACAAUGCCUGAAGGGAAAUUGAGAUCAGGAGUUUAUAGAUCAUUUAUAAUGUGUGAUGAUCCAAGAGAUGUUGUGGAUUGUGGAGCUAUUAAGAAACAGACGUUCGAAUGCACCCAAAUUUGGAAACUCGGAUUCGCAAUCACAAGCUCCUCCUCCUCCUUCCAGAACCAAACCUGAGCAAGUUGAUCCGUCGCGUGAGCAUAUGAGAAGCCGAGAAGAGAGCGAGUUGAAGCAGUUUGGUGAUGCUAGUGGUUCAUCAAAUGAGGCUGCUAACAAAAGACAAGGAAGGGCUUCUCAGAACAGUAGUAAUUAUGACAAGUCACUGUUGCAUAAGAAUUCAUAUGAUGGCACUGGAAGAUCCAAGCCUAAACCUGCCAACCUUAGAGCUGAUGAAAGCGUAAGAAUCUCACUUUUACCUCAAGAGUUUGAAGUAUCAAAUGUCUCACUUUUACCUGAAAAGUUUGAAGUAUGAAUGUUGAUUCAAUCUUCUUUGAAGCUGUCUGUUUGUUUGCAUCACUUGUUUCAGAGAAUGUCCGAUUCUUGAUUGAAUGUGUCUGUGUGUUGCUUAUGUGUUUUAUGGUUCUCUAUCU